AUGAGUGCACUUCAGAAACUUACCAAGAAACAGAAGAAAGCCCUUGCCUUCAGAGAUCGCAAGGGAAAGGGGAAGGCCAAGGCAUUUGACGAAGACAAUGUCGUUCCCGUCGACGAGACUCAAGAUCUUGUGGAUGAUUCCAUGGAGAGUCAAGCUCCAGAUAGCCGUAUGGAAGGUCAAGCAGGACAUGGGAAGCCUUCGGCUGCAAGGGAGCCUAAGAUGGACGAGGUUCUUGGAAGUCAUAAGUCUACGAAGAAGCGCAAGAGGGAGGAUGGCAAUGCGGUGGAAGACGAGAAGAAACCGACUCAGGAAAGGAAAAGGCGGAAGGAGGCGGUUAAGGAUGGAGAGAGCAAAGAAGUCGGGCUGGAGGCAGUAGAUGACGGCGAGGAGAUGACCGAAGGGAAGCACAAGGCCAAGCAGCGGUAUAUUUUGUUCGUCGGCAACCUGAGGUAUACAACAUCGAAGGAAGCGGUGCAAAAGCACUUCGCUGCAUGCGAUCCACCCCCGACUGUUCGCCUGAUGACGCCAAAGCCCUCUGUUACUGGCAAAACUACCGCAAAGUCCAAGGGGUUUGCGUUUCUCGAGUUCCCGUCCAAGAACGGCUUGCAACAAGCUUUGAAGCUUCAUCAGUCUGAACUGAACGGGCGUAUGAUCAAUGUGGAGCUCACCGCGGGCGGUGGUGGGAAGAGCGAGAAUAGGCUGGAGAAGUUGAAGAAGCGUAACCGCGAGUUGCAUGAACAGAGAAGAAAGCGGUUGGUAAAGGAGAAAGGCACGACAAAAGAUGCAGACGAGGAUAUCAGGAUGCCCCGCCCGCAGCGAUAUUCUGCCACAUCUGGCGUGGAUCAAGCACCGAGCAAGAUACGGACGUGGUCGGUAGGGGAGACAACUGAGGUCGCGUCCAAGCGAGGCAAGAAGAGCAAGAAGCGUCCGUCGCAAUCCUUGGGCACUGGAGUGAAUGCUAUACCAGUUGGUUGA